UCGGAGGCGCUAGAUCGAAAGUAGCCGCGUCGCAGCGCCGACUGACCGACCGAGCGAGAGUGCAGAAGAAGGAGAGAAGUUUUGUGAUCCUCGUCGUUACUGGCCCAGUGAGCCGUUCCUGCCACUUCGCGGAUGAAGAAGUAAAAUAUGUACUUCACGACCAGAACUGCCUGACAUAUUCCACUUGUCGCCCUAAGAAAAAAAGAAACACCAACGUUGCACUGCUGGACGGGCCGAAUAGAGCGUGAAGCCGAAAGUAGGAAAAUCGCUAGCGCUGGCGGGAAACCGUGAACAGAAGAUCGAGUUUUUUUCGAGUUAAUUAUUACUGGUGAAGUUCCUAAAUUAGUCAAGUCUCGUCAGCCGUAGGGAGGCCGUGGUGGAAAACACGGGCCAAGAAUAUCGAAUACAAGGUGUUAGUGUUGACAUUUGUUUUGUUUUUCUCUCGAAAACUGGAAGCCGUUUAAAAAUAUCCCAUAGUUUUGUGGGUUCAAACCUGGGCUCCCGGAGAGAAUACGAAACAUCGAGCAAUUAGUGAAGGGAUCAUCAAAAAUAAGUAGCAAAAAGUGUUCAAGUGUUGGUUUUCUUUUUUGGGUGCAAGACGCUCGGUGACAGUGACGACGAAGAGUUCAAAUUUCGGCGGACGGUGUAACGGCCUAAAGCUGGCCACGGUUCGCUGUUAGCAGUACCCGAGCGAGCCCUAGGUCUAGGGCUUCCGGGGCGGCCUCCAACAUGGGCACCCCAGUGAAAUGGUUAAUAACGACUACGCUUCUUGUAUGGUUUGGACAGCACACAUAUGCGCAAUUUUGGCAAGAUCUAACAGGAGGCGUUGGAUUGUUUAACCGAAACGACAAAGACAACGACCGAUCAGGCCAGCCUUACAUCGACCCUAGUUAUAAUGUGAUCGAUACUGUCAGUGGUGCCCAAGGCCCACCGAGCAAGAACUGCACAUCAGGCGCAUGCUGUACGCCCAAAUGUUUCGCGCAAAAGGGUAACCGAGGGUUUCCAGGUGUACCGGGGACGCAAGGUCCGAAAGGAAUGCGAGGUUUUAACGGCACGGAAGGUUUACCAGGCAGCAAAGGGUCCAAGGGUGAACCGGGACCAAUGGGACCGAUGGGUAUGAAGGGAGAUCGAGGGCGUGACGGUCUUCCUGGGUAUCCUGGUGUUCCAGGAACAAACGGACUGCAGGGUGCGGCAGGUGCCCCUGGUAUUCCUGGAGUUGAUGGAUGCAACGGAACAGACGGACUUGCUGGACUUCCUGGUUUGAAAGGUGAACCUGGACCACGAGGUUAUCCGGGCCUCCGAGGCGAUAAAGGUGACAAAGGUGAGGCUGCGAGAGACCCCGAAAAUUACAACAAAGGUCAAAAAGGUGAACCUGGAAGAGAUGGUGCUGAAGGGCUUCAAGGACGGCAAGGAGAAACAGGUGAACGAGGAUAUGAAGGAAGGCCUGGUCAGCCAGGAGUUCCAGGUCCAGCCGGAAUGAAGGGUGAUAAAGGCAUUAAAGGAUUUUGCAUAAAGGGUGAUAAAGGUGAAAAAGGAGAAAAAGGAGUAGAGAUAGGCUCGCUAGAACGAAGCGAAACCGUAACAGGACCUCAAGGACAAAAGGGAGAUAAAGGUUCGGAUGGUUUCCCUGGCAUCCCUGGAGAUAAAGGUCAGGCCGGAGAACGAGGGUCUUCAGGCGAUAGAGGUUUGAAGGGUGAGAAGGGUUUACCUGGUCAACCAGGUCCAAGAGGACGUGAUGGCAAUUUUGGUCCAGUUGGUUCGGCUGGACAAAAAGGUGAUCGAGGCGUGGAAGGUUUACACGGUUUGAAAGGCAAUCCGGGACCAAAGGGUGACCCAGGUAGUGAUGGUACUCCGGGUCUACAAGGUAUUCCUGGUCCUCCUGGGCCACCUGGUGGUGGUGAAGGACGGCCUGGUGCGCCAGGACCGAAAGGUCCUCGUGGUUAUCCAGGUCCUCAGGGGCCAAAAGGCAUUGAUGGGUUCCCUGGAGAUCCCGGUCCACGAGGCCAAACUGGUCCCAAGGGUGGUCAAGGUAUACCUGGACGCCCAGGACCGGAAGGUUUCCCAGGUGAAAAAGGUGAGAAAGGUGAAUCAGGAGCCAUAGGAUUAGCAGGACCGCCAGGUCCUCGGGGAUUCCCAGGAGUACCUGGACCGGAAGGUUUACGAGGUGAACCCGGUGAACCGGGUAAAGGCAUCCCUGGUCAAAAGGGUAAUUCAGGAAUGGCUGGAUUCCCUGGACUCAAAGGACAAAAGGGAGAACAAGGUUUCAAGGGUUUGAUGGGAGCUCCUGGUGAUGCGAAGGAAGGUCGACCUGGUCUACCAGGUAGACCAGGACGUGACGGUGAAAAGGGCGACGCUGGACGACCUGGUUUACCGGGAUCUAAGGGAGAACGAGGAGAAAAGGGAGAAAUUGGAGGACGCUGCUCGGAUUGCCGACCAGGAAUGAAGGGAGAAAAGGGAGAACGUGGAUACGACGGCCCUCCAGGUCGUUCAGGUACUCCUGGAUCUCCAGGAGAGCGAGGUUAUCCCGGUGAACUAGGUGCAGAUGGAAGUCCUGGUCCACGAGGCGCACCUGGUAUCAAGGGAGAAGCUGGUAUUCCUGGUAUUCCGGGUCCAGUCGGAGAACGUGGCGAAUCUGCUAUAUUGGAUCUAGAUCAAAUAAAAACCGAUAAGGGUGACAAGGGAGAACGAGGAGACAUGGGCGCACCUGGUGUGAAAGGCGAACGCGGUAAUUUUGGACCUCGUGGUCCAAUAGGACCCAAAGGUGAAAUUGGACCUAAGGGCGAUAUGGGACGACCAGGUGAACCAGGUAUUGAUGGUACACCAGGAGCUCCAGGACGCGAUGGAACUCCUGGUAAACCAGGAGAAUCGAUUCGAGGUGAACCAGGUCUUAAAGGUAAUCCAGGUUACACCGGAGAAAAGGGUGACAAAGGUAUUGCAGGCUUUAAAGGAGAGCCCGGUAGAUGUUCCAGCAUUCCACCGAACCUAGAGGCUGCAGUGAAAGGUCCCCCAGGUCCUCCUGGUGAAAAAGGAUUCAAUGGGCCUCCCGGUAUUCAAGGCGAGAAAGGUGAUAAAGGCGAUCGCGGUUUGACUGGUAGAGAAGGUCAGACGGGACCACAAGGUCUUACUGGUCCAGUUGGACCCCGAGGUCUACCAGGUGCACGUGGUGAGAAAGGAAGUACAGGCCCAAUGGGUUUUCCUGGAAACCCUGGUAAAGAUGGGAUGGCAGGAUUCGCUGGGCUACCCGGACCAAAGGGAACCAAAGGUGAUCCAGGUCUUUCGAUGGUCGGUCCACCUGGUCCAAAAGGUAAUCAAGGGUUGAGAGGUCCUAAGGGUGAUCGUGGUAGCACGGGUGAUCGAGGUGAUUCGGGACCACCAGGCAUGGUUGGUUAUCCUGGAGAAAAGGGAGACGUCGGCCUUUCCGGAAUGCCAGGUCCACCUGGACCAGUAGGUCCAAAAGGAGAAACAGGCCCUAUUGGUCCUGCCGGCCACCCAGGAGCACCGGGACGACCAGGUAUUGACGGUGUCAAGGGACUACCAGGCUUAAAGGGAGAUAUCGGUGCCCCUGGUGUUAUCGGUUGGCCUGGCCAAAAAGGCGAUACUGGUCCUACGGGUAACGAUGGUUCCAAGGGUUUCCAAGGUCGCAAAGGUAUUCAAGGUAUACCGGGAGCUGCGGGACUACCAGGUCUUGUAGGACAAAAAGGAGAACCAGGCGAGAAGGGAGACAAGGGUCCCAUAGGACCGACGGGUCCAACUGGAUUACGUGGUCUGCCCGGAAUACCUGGACAAAAAGGUGAUAGAGGUCCGUUUGGUCCUCCUGGUUUAGAUGGUUUAACUGGUCUUCCUGGAGAAAAAGGUGACCGCGGUUAUACUGGUGCUCCCGGUCUUCCAGGAGAACCAGGUGACUCGUCAGAGAAGGGUCAAAAGGGUGAACCGGGUGCACCUGGAUUGAGAGGUGUGGAUGGUCGACCUGGUUUGAAUGGUGUUCCAGGGCAGAAGGGCGAUGCUGGACUUCCUGGAUACGGGCGACCAGGUGCCCCGGGUGAAAAGGGAGAACGUGGUAAUGAUGGCCUCGAUGGACUACCUGGAAUUAAUGGUCAGAAAGGUGAUGCUGGCGUCACUGGAUUCCCAGGAAUAAAAGGAGACAAAGGCAACGCUGGACUACCGGGUAUCCCAGGAUCACCGGGCAUGGAUGGUGCUCCAGGUCCUGAAGGAGCACCUGGUCUUCGUGGUCUUGAUGGUGAAAAGGGAUCGAAGGGUGAAGCAGGGCGGUUCGGAGAACGUGGUGAACGUGGCGAAAAGGGAGAUUUGGGACCACCAGGUCCUCCAGGUUAUAUGGGACUAAAAGGCGAGCGUGGUGUUCCUGGAGAGCGAGGAGCGCCAGCCACUGUUCAGGAUAUUAAAGGUGAUAAAGGUGAACCUGGACUGCCUGGGCCUGUCGGUAUGCCUGGUAAAGUCGGACUUCCUGGAUUGGUAGGUGAAAUGGGUAUGAAAGGAAUGCAAGGAGUGCAAGGUCAACCGGGCUUCCCAGGACCACCUGGAUUGAAUGGAUUAUCGGGAAUGAAAGGUGAUAUUGGACUUCCUGGAGAAAAGGGUGAGCCAUGCCCUGUGGUUAAAGGUGAAAAAGGUCUACCUGGACGACCUGGUAAAAACGGGCGAGAUGGUGGUCCCGGGCCGGUAGGCGAAAAAGGUGACAAAGGACUACCAGGCUUACGAGGUCCAGAAGGCCCGCCUGGAUUGCCUGGCCCACUUGGAAGGCAAGGUGAAAAAGGAGACCGUGGUGAUUCUGGCAUUGAAGGACGUCCGGGUAAAGAUGGUUUCCCUGGACCACCAGGACCUAAGGGUGAGCGAGGAUUCAUCGGAGAAAAGGGUAAUCCUGGACCGCCUGGAUUCCCGGGACCACAAGGCGAAAAAGGUGACAGAGGUCGAGAUGGUCGUGAUGGUUUCAAUGGCCCUCAAGGUGCUAAGGGCGACCGUGGUCCACAAGGUCCAGAAGGUGCUCCUGGUUUGGUUGGAUUGAUAGGUGAGAAAGGAGACAAGGGUAUAAGAGGUCCUGCGGGACUUGACGGAGCUCCUGGUGAGAAAGGUCAGAAAGGAGAGACUCCUGCAUUACCACCACAACGCCGAGGUCCUCCCGGCCCUCCUGGUUUCGAUGGCAUGAAAGGAGAUAAAGGGUUGCCUGGUCUACAAGGUCCACCGGGAAUUCCAGGUGCAGUGGGACUUCCUGGUGAUAUUGGUUUGCGUGGAAUUGAAGGCGCUCGUGGUCUCCAAGGUAUUCGGGGAGAAAUCGGUUUGGAAGGUCGUCCGGGACGUGAUGGUUUACCUGGUACUCCCGGUCCGAAAGGUGAUCCCGGAGCGGCAUGUUCUCCAGCUCCUGAUUAUCUCACUGGAAUCCUGCUUGUCAAACAUAGCCAAUCGGAAGAGAUACCACAGUGUGAGCCUGGCCACGUCAAACUAUGGGAUGGUUAUUCUCUGCUAUACGUCGAUGGAAACGACUAUCCGCACAAUCAAGAUUUAGGAUCUGCGGGUUCGUGUGUUCGCAAAUUCUCUACACUACCGAUUUUGGCUUGCGGUCAGAACAAUGUUUGUAACUAUGCUUCGCGAAAUGAUCGAACGUUCUGGUUGUCCACUUCGGCUCCGAUUCCAAUGAUGCCCGUCAGCGAACACGAGAUGCGACCUUACAUUUCCCGAUGUACGGUGUGUGAAGCGCCAUCUAACGUGAUAGCCGUACAUAGUCAGUCACUGGCGAUCCCGGAUUGUCCCAACGGGUGGGAGGGUCUGUGGAUCGGGUAUAGUUUCUUAAUGCACACGGCAGUUGGUCACGGUGGAGGUGGUCAGUCCCUGUCAGGACCUGGUUCCUGUCUGGAGGACUUCCGAGCUACACCGUUCAUCGAGUGUAACGGUGGCAAAGGUCACUGUCACUACUACGAGACACAGACGUCAUUCUGGCUCGUUUCGCUCGAAGAUCACCAACAAUUCCAGCGACCUCAGCAGCAGACCCUGAAGGCGGGCAACUUGCUAUCGAGAAUAUCGAGAUGCCAGGUGUGUACUCGUGUUUAGGUUUUUCAUCUAUAGCGAAAGAGAAUAAAAACAGCAAUCCAAGCGCACACAGUAAAAUCAAAAUCCAAUUGCUAAUUUAUACAACAACAACGUGUGCCUUCCUAAGUUAUUUCUAAAAGAGAAUAAGAACUUGUUAGGGACUUUUAUUAAGUUAAGUAAUGCUAGAGUAUAUUAUAAAUAAAAGUCCGAAAAGAAACCAAAAAUAUGUAAAAACUGAGAGUAUGUAAGUAUAGGAGUAUAAAUUCCUGUAGCUUUUUAUAAAAAGGUAUGCAAUAAUGUUUUAGGCAUUGUGGAAUAUGUGCUAGAUUCUUGUAGUAAUUACUUUGAUUACAAAAAAAAAAACAAAAUACUGCCUCUUGGAAAUAUUGCAACAGAGACCGCCAAUUUCUCAUGAAACCUCCCUGCAACGAAUUUAGUUAGCAAAUAACAACUUGUAUGUUUUAAUAAAUAAUAUUACCAGUGCGAUUACCCUUUGUGAUUGAAUUCUAUUUUUUGAUUAACGUACAUAUAACAAUCAGAAUACUUGUAGAAUCUAAAUGUUGCAUUUUAUUUCCAACUCAAUGAAUAGGGGAAUAGGGGAUGCUGGAGGACACUUAAUUCCUCUAUUGAAAAAGAUUUCAGCAAUGGUUUUUGCAUUUAGCAUUUGACUCAUUAUUUCAAAAUCUAACAUGAGUUAUCGUAAUUUUGGGUGACCCUUGUGAAAAUGGCACUGUGUUUGUGGUAUAAAAAAUAGUGAACGAUUUAUAGGGAUCAAAUGUCUCCAGCAUUCCCUAUAGCUGCCACUUUGUAGACUCGAUGUGUUCAUGAAAAGGGAAAUUAAAAUUAAAAUGAGUAUAAAAUCGGUUGCUUUUCUUCGACGGGUUUGCGCAUUUAGGAUUACGUACGUUUAACUACCGAUUAGAGUGCCAUCAAUGAACAGUUAGUUCAGCAGCAAGUCACUGUUCAACAAUUGAUACGACAUCAGCCAUAUUACCGGGAAAUAGAAGAUGAUUUGCAACACAAUGUACUCCGAAUAAAACGCAUUUUGUAAACUGUA